AUGCAGUCCUGUGCGGGCUCCAACAUCAACCCGGCAGACACGCAAGUGAGACCACCAAGCUGGUUUCGGGACACUCCUCUGGAUCUCUCUCGGCAAUCAAUCCGGUUGCUCGAGGUGCUGGGGGGUCUUUCAUCCGGGGGGAGGAUUCAAUGUCGCCUAGUACACUCUACCACGCGCUCCGUCUACCAAUGUCUCUCCUAUUGCUGGAGACCGCCCGAUAAAGAUGAGUCUCACCAUGUCAUCGAAAUCGACGGAGCGCUAUUCAGCGUCCUCUCCAACCUCUGGGCCUUUCUGGAAGCAUUUCGACUGCAAGCGAGAUAUACGUGCAGAACUCAACAGCUGUGGAUCGGCGCCGUCUGUAUCGAUCAGGCGACUACCCUAGAGCGCAACCACGUGGUCCGAAACAUGGCUGCAAUCUAUAGCCAAGCUCAUCAAGUCAUUGUCUGGCUCGGCUCCGGAGACCAAGGCCAGAAAAAGGCUCUUGAACAAAUGGGCCGUCACUCUCCCAGCACACAGACACCAGAAGAAUUGGAAUCCCUGCUUGCUCUGUGUGAGAAUGAAUACUGGGACCGUAUUUGGGUUGUACAAGAAGUGAUACUAGCGAAGAAGCUUGUAUUGAUGUACGACAAUCAGCAAAUCCCUUGGAGUAGUUGGGUCAUCCUCCAUCGCAAACAGUCUUAUCUCCACAAGGUGCAGGAUGUACAGCAAUCCGACAAGGUCAAGGAGCGAUUCAACUCGAGCGAAGGAAGAGUCAUAUUCCUAGAAUACUCCAAGUUUCGAGAGAGAAACAGCAAUUCAAGUUGGGGGUCCUUCUUGCGACGUUUGGAAAGUGCAAGUGUGCGGACAUUCGUGACCGCGUCUUUGCGCUCCUCGGUCUCUGCGAAGAAGGUGUAA